UUAGGUUUGGUCAGUUUUUCUUGUUGAAUUCGUUGAUUUUAAAUAAAUUUUCCUUAAAAAAGCCUAUUUUUACCUGAAGACGCCCAUUGAGAUGCUAAAAAAGGCCUUUUGUUAGCAUCGCAAAAAUGGUUCUCCCUCCCACUGUGAAGUUAAAUAAUGGACACCAAAUGCCGGUAAUUGGCUUGGGAACGUAUUUGGCCAAAAAUAAGGAAGGUGUCGAAGCUGUCAAAGUCGCAGUUGAUGCCGGUUAUCGUCAUUUUGACACCGCUUACUUCUAUGGCAACGAAAAAGAGGUAGGAGAAGGUCUCCGUGCAAAAAUCUCCGAUGGCACGGUCAAACGAGAAGAUCUUUUUGUCGUCACGAAGCUCUGGAAUUGCUUCCAUGAUCCCAAACACGUCGAAACUGCCUUCCAAAAGUCCCUGGAGAACUUAAAUCUGGAUUAUAUUGAUUUGUAUUUGAUGCACAUGCCAAUCGGUUACGAAUUUCGUGGAUAUGAAGAGGAUUUGUUCCCCACAGAUGCCGAGGGAAAUUUGUGCUUCAGCGACGUUGACUAUCUCGACACGUGGAAAGCCAUGGAAAAGUUGAUGGCAACUGGAAAAGUUCGUAGUUUGGGCAUUUCCAACUUUAACAGCAAACAAAUUACUCGUUUGUUGGAAGUUGCAACUGUGAAACCAGUCACGAACCAAGUCGAGUGCUAUUUACAAUUGACCCAGAAGAAAUUAACGAAAUUCUGCAAAGAUUUGGACAUUGUCAUCACAGCUUAUUCGCCCAUGGGUCGUCCUCAUGACUUUGGGACGAAUCCAAAUAUUCCAAAACCGGCGUUGGAGGAUGAGCGUGUCAAAGAAAUCGCUAAAAAAUACGGAAAAACCACGGGACAGGUCAUUCUAAAAUACUUGAUUCAGGAAUUAGGAGUCGUUCCUAUCCCAAAAAGCUCGAAUACGGAAAGAAUCAAGCAGAACAUUGAUAUUUUCGAUUUCACAUUGACACCGGAGGAUUGCAAAACGUUGGCUUCGUUGGACAAUAAUGUCAGAACAAAUCCAUUUAAUUUGUGCAAGAAGCAUAAAUAUUAUCCUUUUAAUGAGGAAUUUUGAAAAUUUUAUGAUUUUGCAGCUUUGAAAUAUAUUUUUUAAUAGCUUUUUGCUUGAAAAAAUUUGAUUUUAU